AUGUAUCGGAUUCCAGACCAGAUAUUUGAUCAGUAUAAUCGUGCGCAGGUUUCAACUAGCAUGGGCUUGUUUGCUGAGCUAAAUCACGCCUGGGUUACCAUCGAUAAUGCUCUUUACCUCUGGGAUUAUACGCAUCCAAAUCCUCAAUUGAUAGGGUUUGAGGAGCAGCCAAACAGCAUCAACAUGGUCAAGCUUGCGCGGCCUAGGAAGGGCGUCUUUCUUCCGGCAGUCACUCAUAUGCUCGUGAUAUCUACCACGGCAGAUGUUUUUCUCAUGGGACUUGCGUGUGAAAACACCGGCGGAUACAAGUCAGUGACUAUAUACCAGACUGGCAUGUCGGUGCCUAUUAGAGGUCUAGAUAUCAAUGUCAUUGCCUCGUCCGACUCGACUGGACGGAUCUUCUUUGCUGGAUCUUCAGACAAUGAUGUGUAUGAAUUGACAUAUCAGCAAGAGGAGAGAUGGUUCCGGGGCCGCUGCAGUAAAGUUAACCAUACAACCAAGAGUUUUACCGCAUUUGCGCCCCAGUUCAAUCUGCGUAACAAGCCAACAGAGUUUGUGGAGCAGAUGGUAGUUGAUGACAGCAGGAACCUCUUAUACACCCUGUCUUCAAACUCAUCGAUCAGAGUCUUUCACUUGAGGCCCGAUGGAUCCGUCAACCUUACAAUCACCAAAACUGCCAUCGACAUAUAUUCUAACAUCGGCCAUAUCAUCACCUCAAAUGAAACACUCAACCCUAGGGUCAAGAUCGUCUCUAUCAGCCCCAUUCCAGCCCCAGAAGCAUCUAGGUACCACCUCAUGGCCACAACUGCCACCGGCUACCGAAUCUAUCUCAGUGCUACCGGCUCAUAUAGCUGGUCUGCCACCCCAAAUGCAAAUAAUGCUCCUACCAGCAUGCAAGCACAGCACGUUAAAACCCCACCAUCUGACUCUCCUUCAGACCAGGCCCCUCAAGCCGCCCCAGUCCCGGGAGCCCCAUUCCAUACCACUGGCCCUUCUAAAGUCUCAAUACACUCCUUAAACCCCACCAGCUCUGCCGAACGAUUUCCACCUGGGUACUUUUUCUGUUUCACGCAAAAAGACAAUUCCAAGCAAGCGGACACAUUGUUCAUUUCUACCCCAGACUCUGGAAAACUUGCGAUACCCCGGGAUCCCUCCACACCCAUCAAGCCAGAGGAGACUGGCAUUUGGCUCACUCUUGGUAGUAGAGCAGAAGCAAUCGGCCUCUACACCCCAUACGAUCAAGGUGGCCCAACGAGCAGCGGCUUUGGAAAUGAGUUGGCAGUCCAAUUUGAUAAGCCAGCUGCCGAGAUUGCUGUUUUGACCAACACUGGAGUUCAUAUUAUCCGUCGAAGACGGCUUGUCGACAUGUUUGCGUCUCUUAUUCGUAACUCAGAUGGAGAGGACGGGUUAGAGGAUCGCGUACAGACAUUUAUACGGAUAUAUGGUCGAAGCGAAACCAUAGCAACUGCGUUAGCAGUGGCAUGUGGCCAAGGGAUGGAGGUUUCGCCAGAUUCGCGCCUUUCAAAAAUAAAUGAUCCCGAUGUUCUCGAGUUUGCCCGAAAAGUCUUCAUUGAGAAGGGUGGAAAGCCAACUAUUAAUGAAAAUGCUGUUACUGAUGGAUCUGUUCCAGCCAUAGAUACGGUUUUGCCUUCUCCUCGACACGCGGGUAUUGCGUUGUAUACCUCAAGGCUCCUGCGAUCCAUCUGGAAGACAGUAAUAGCCCAGCAGGGCCGAACACCUGCUGGUGGUCUUUCCAUUUCCCCUGCUGUACCUACAUCUACCUUGCUUACCAUCCAGCGCGAUCUCUCUGCUCUCAAGGACUUUUUCAACACAAACCGAACAUUCAUCGAAGGGUUGAGUGGACCUGACGCUCUAUCGAAGGUAGCAACAAAACAGGAGGAGGUUGCUUUGCAGGCUGAACACAGAGGUCUUCACUCCCUUGUACAGUUGAUCUCCCAUACAAUUGAAGGAAUCUCGUUUAUUCUUGUUCUUUUUGACGACAGAGCUGAGGAUGUUAUUGCCCUGCUGAAUGAAGAUGCCAGAAACCGUUUCUUGGAGUUGACCUUUGAGCAGCUUUUUGCUACUUCCAAGGGACAUGAGACUGCAAAGGAACUUGUCAAGGCCAUCGUGAACCGCAACAUUGCCAAGGGAUCUAAUGUUGAAACCGUUGCCGAAGCUUUACGACGAAGAUGUGGUACUUUCUGCAGCCCCCAGGAUGUUAUCGUAUUCAAAGGACAGGAACUUCUUAAGAGAGCCACCGAAGCCGGACCAAACUCUGAGGUUGGCAGAAACCUGCUAAAUGAGAGUUUGAUGCUUUUCCAACAAGUGUCAGAGAGCCUCCCUAUGGACUACCUGAAACCCAGCGUUGAGCAGUAUAUCCAAAAUCAGUUCUUUGCAGGUAUGUUGUCCUUGCUUGUUCUCGAGGUUUUAGUAUGCUAA